AAAGUCUCUCAGUGUCUGAUGUUCCAGGGCACCGCCUCGAUGUGCGACUGACGGGCUGUUUAGGUUCGGGAACGAUCUGGGACUGUGAUAGAUAGCGAAGUCGACUCACGGGCUACGAGAAUAGAUCACAGCACCCAAACACACGAGGAGGGCAGCGGAAAGUUUGCGUACACAUCCGACAAACGCGCGCGCGUUCGAGAUAAACCUUACGCUCUCUAAUCCGCACUGGAUUACUGCAAUCUCUUCUUGGAUAAGAACUGAGAGAGAAAGAAGAACAGACACUGCUAAUAAAAGAAAAACAAGAAAGUUGCUCGUCUUGUAAAAGGUAGUCAGCUGAUUACCCUGUUCAGAUAGUAAAAUAAAGAAAUUAAGGACGUGUGUAAGAGAAAAAAAAAACCCAACCCAACCUUAAACACCUCGCCUUUGAGUGCUGUCGUGAAGACGCGUCAUAUCUAGCUUGUUGACUGCAAGGAUACACCUCACGCUAGACACAGUACACAAGAUUGCAUAAAGGACCCCCAGUUCAUGGAAUAAUAGGAAGACGGAUGUCAACCUGUACAUUGCAGUGGAGGAACUUCUGUCUAUUCAAAGAUUAUAGUAGACAUUUAUAGAAGCUUCUGGAACCUUCCAGACUGUGCUGAAGAACAGAAGCACCCUCCUAGUAUCUCCCAUGAAUCGGAAGGAGCCAGUGGAUGAUUGAGGUGAUGCAGCAGCCUGGCCUCUCACUGAGUUCACGUCUGCUGCCCGGACCACUUCUCCCCAGCCAGGACGUGGAGACAUUCUUCCAUCAUUUGGACAGCAAAACAGUCCACGUAACUGCAGCGACUACAACAGCAGCAACAGCAGCAGCAGCAGUAGCAGCAGCAAUAACCACUGAGACAGAACAGAGGCGUCAAAAUCACUUGCAAAAACAUCAACAGCAACAACAUCAAGAACAUUCCCAUCUUCUGACAAGUACCCACGAAGUGUGUGGCUCCACAAGACUCCCAUCCAACUCGGACAGCCCUUUACGACCAGGGGAUUCCCCGAAUUCUGUAAAUAGCGAAAGCGGAAAUAGUUCGUCGCCAUCUUCCCGAAGUUCUGCCUCGUCAUCCGCCGACAGCGGUGUCAUUUGCUCACUCGACGUUUCGCGUUACCAUAACGACGUAAGAAUUGUGGAGAGUGACGUAACAGGCAAUUUGAUUUCUGACCCUAGAAGUGGUGACGUGACGAGGUAUCAGACAGAGUCUUUUUCUGGAAUUUCUGUAGAAGGCCGUGAGAAACAUCCAUCCGCCGCCAUGUAUCAAGGGGGACUGACCCUACCCGCGCCAACGGGUACAGCUUAUGGUCAAGAUGCGGUGACCAACGGCUACUUGCAUUCAGGUACUAGCCCCGUGUUCGUCCCGUCCAGCCGCGCCAUGCUGCCUGUCCAAUACAUGACCACGCCCACACAAAGCAUGGCUCCUCCCACCUCGUCCUCCCUCUGGAACUCCGCCCAGAAUGACGUAGCCACCGCAGGAUUCCCACCAGCAGGCACUCUUCACCCUUCCUCCUUCCCCUAUAACUCCACCCCCGGAGCACAACUCUCCUCCCCAAAUGGGCGGGGUGAUGCGGGGUUUGCCACGCCCCUCGCUCGUCACGGCAGUCUGGGAGGCUACCCUGCCUACAUGGGGGCGGAGCUCUCACCGUGGAACACCUUCAACAACAUGGCACUUCAGCAGGGCUUUCGGCCGACCACAGGACCUGAUGGCCAGGAGUACUGGGCCGACCUGGAGGGUCGUGAGUGCGUCAACUGUGGGUCAAUCUCCACACCCCUGUGGCGGAGAGACGGCACUGGACACUACCUGUGUAACGCCUGCGGUCUGUACCACAAGAUGAACGGACUCAACAGGCCACUGAUCAAACCACAGAGAAGACUGUCUGCGUCCCGUCGUGUGGGCUUGUCCUGUGCCAACUGUCACACCACGACCACCACGCUCUGGAGGAGAAGUAAUGAGGGGGAGCCGGUGUGUAACGCUUGUGGGCUCUACUACAAGCUGCAUGGGGUGAACAGACCUCUGGCCAUGAAAAAGGAUGGAAUCCAGACCCGAAAACGGAAGCCCAAAAAUGUCAACAAAAAUAAAUCACCGACAAAGACUGAGGACAACGAUGCUAAAUCUGACAACUCGCCUUCCAAAAGUAACGCCAGUGGGAACAACUCGACCAGCAAUAAUUCCAGCAGCAGCAGCAGCAACAACAACAAUAGCGAGACAACAAUCAACAAAAACAACGACGCGGUGAAGACGGAAGCAGGAAAAACCUCCAAACAAGAAACAUCCCCCAAACAAAACUCAGCCAAAUCUCCAUCCGUCUACGCACCAUCGAACACCGGCUACGAUCUCAUCACCCCAAAAACAGAAUACACUGACGUCAGCAAAGUAGGCUAUCAAGAUUCUACAAAAGCCUCCUACGUCAUGGACACCGCCAAAUCUGCAGGCGCUUACGACAUCCACAAAGCUUCAGCGUACCCUGACGUCAUGAAAUAUGACGUAGACAGCAACAAGCAUCACGCGUACCUUGACCCCAUGAACAUGGCGUAUCUGGAAGCCGCAAAGUCUGCAGGCUAUUUCGAUAUGUCUCGUCAGGCUUACAAUCAGUACGACCCCUCCAAAAGUGCGUCAUAUCUUGACCCUAAUGAGAAACUCGGCGGUUACAUGGAACACGGAAAGAUCGACUACAACACAGCUGCGAUCAAAUCCGAGUACAUGCGAGCUGGGAAACCCGAAUACAUGGAUGUGAUGAAGUCUGACCCGUACCUCAUUGCCCAGAGAUCCGACUACGCGGAAAAAGCCGAUUACCACACCAUGAAGCAGAUGGGUUACGAUACCAUGCAUAUGAAAAACACGUACAUGUCCGCGAUGCAGAAGAGCGAUUACUCCAUGGUGCCUUCGGGCGGAGGUCUGAAACCCGGAAGUGACGUAACUGCAGGUUCUUCUCACAUCAUGCCCGGCAUGUCACCAGCGUCGUCUCAUUCCCACAUCAUGACGUCAUCGCCGCACAUCCAAAACAUGAUGACGUCAUCGGCUGCCCUCAGCACUAUGCCGUCAGCACACGGAGUGCCUACGUCACAUCAUCAGCACGCCUACGGUCUGCCCGCCCCUGCACCUCCUUCUCCCAAGGCCGAGGCCAUUCCCAUGACAACCGACGCGUCUGGCUACAGAGGAAGUGACGUCAGUGGCGGGUCUGGCCAGGCCUUGCGAGUGUCUGAGAGUGCUGCUUCCUCUUCUCUCCACACUGUGCCAGUAGCCAGCUAAUGAUGUCAUAGAUGCUGAUUUCCGACAUUUGUGAAUAAACUGUUUAGACACGCUGAAGAUGUUUCAAAGCUUUCUGAACAUGUUGACGCCCCCAAGAACAAUAAGGUGCUUCCUGAACAAUAUGGUGCCCUGAGAAACUGAUCAUUGUAGAUCAAAUAGUUCUGGCGCCAUACAAGAUUCUGGAAUAAGUAGUAACAAGCCGGGGAUGCCAUAAUGACGUCUCAGCUUUUUGCACACUGGCAUGCCUGUCUUAGACAGACGACAUCACGGCUUUCAGCAGACUUUCUAGGGUACAUGACAUUCACUUAAUAAGUCAAUGUCUCAGCAAAGAUGAAGAGACAGACCCUGCCCGUGGCUACAUACAGGAGAAAAGGUGCCCACAAACCCUUCUGGGAUCUUCAAUACAGAAAACAAAACAACACAUUCAGCAACUGUCAUGAGUGUGGUGUAAUAGUAUGAUUCUUCCUCAUUGCACGCAGAAGUAUGGGUUUGAUUCCCGCAUGAGGAAGCUCUUUCUCAACUUUCUCUACAAAUAUCUCCGUUUAUCUGCUUGGAUGUUGCGUUGUUCUCGGCUGGGGGGUGGCCUUGACGGGAACGGUGGUGGCAGCCCGCAUCCAAAAUGACGUAAUUCUGUCGACUGGGGCGUUGAAGUUUUGCAACGCAAGAAAUGAACGUAGCAAGAUGCACUCAACUCGCCAUUCGAAUACUCUGUUCUCAUCCUUUUCUCUUACAUUUGAAUUUGACCUAUUCUCAGGCCUGCCUCUUAUUAGGUACGCUUUGUGCUUGCUGUGCAGUCUAUUAUUAUUAUCUAACAGAGUCGAAAGUGAUCUAAAGUCCUGCGUUAUUGAGUAAUAUGCAGUCAUAUAACUGCAUACAAAUCCUGAUUCUGAAAUUGUCUGACCCCAUCUCAACGAUGAAAAGUACAGCUCCAAGAUGAAAAACAGUAUUAAGUCGUGGGUGACCUUUAUUUAUUUUCCUUUUCGGAAAUGAACACCGGAACAAAUGUGGUGUUCCGGAAAUUUACAGAUUAUUCUGAAUGAAGAAACAGCUCGCGUAUUGCUUUGAACUGUCUUUUUCCUGAAAAUUUUAUUUUCCUUUACACUGGAUGGCCUCAGCAGUUUCUGUUGGAUGAAAAAUAAUAAGAAUGAAAAAAAA